AUGAAGGUUUUUCUACUUGGCGCUGCAUUUGGUGCAAAUAACGUCGUCGACGUCGAUGACAUCACGAUUGAAGAGGCUAAUGAGAGAGCCGGUAUCGACCUAAGAGAUGGGGAUAUAAUGAGAAGUGCCUAUGCUUCUGGUAACUUGCGAUCUACACUAAACGAUGAAUAUUACAGGUGGAAGCUUCCGAUUCCAGUUGAACUUUCCUCCGCAAUGAACCUGAAAGCGCGGGGCGAGUAUCUCGAGUCAUUGAUCGAAUACGAACUCCGCACGUGCGUGUCUUUUAAGCCAUGGGAAGGUGAAGAUGAUUUUAUUUCGAUUUACCCUCUUGGGGGAUGCUGGAGCUACGUUGGGCAUGUCUAUCCGUCUCAGCAGAAUGUCUCCAUCGGGAGCGGAUGUGAGUGGUCCGUCACAAUCGAGCACGAGUUGAUGCAUGCUCUUGGAAUCUACCACGAGCAGUCACGCCCCGAUCGGGACGACUACAUCUUUCUCGACUUGGAACAAGUUCAGGAGGGAAAAGAACACAAUUUCAAUAAGUACGAUCUGGAGUAUGUUUCUCCCGUUGACACUCCUUAUGCUUACGAUUCUAUUAUGCACUACAGCGCAUAUUCCUUCAAUGUUGCGGAUAAACCAACGCUGGUCCCGAGAAUUGAAUAUUUUACGCCAGUUCUCGGGCAAAGAAAAACUUUCUCCCCGCUGGACGCUGAGCGAAUCAACAAAUUGUACUACUGCGACAACCCACUUCGAAAAACUUUCAAUUGCAAUUUUAACGAGUUCAACAUCUGCGGUUUCGUCAAUGAGCACCUUGGUGAAGACAAAUGGACUCAUUAUGAUGUUGCUUCGCAAUCUGUCAUCGGGCAAAUUGAAGACAUCUCGACGGAAGAUUUGGAACUUCCUGAUUUAGACGCUUCCGGAGAUGUGAUCGACUCUGGAAGGUUUCUUUACACAGAUGGAGCGAGUAGUCUUGUUUCACGUGUGUUCAACCAUUAUGCAAGCGAAGAUCAAUGCGUCGUCAUCUGGAGCAAUUUCAAAGAGGGCAAUCUCAGCGUUGAGUUCUGGUCGGCUACGGAGGACUACGGAGAGCUGGAUCAACAGCAAGAUUCAUUCAAGAUCGAAGCAAGCGGGGGGAAAUGGCGCUACAACCAGUACAACUUCAAACCAAAGCAGUCCAAAUUCAAGGUCCGGAUAAACUACGAAGGAAAGGAUCUUGCAGCCAUUGAUGAUUUUUCUAUCCAAGAAGCGCCCUGCCGCCCCUAUGGUUUCGUUAUUGAAAAUGUCCGAGAAAAAUUUGAUGCUGCCAAGCGCGCUGUAGAAGCGGCAGAAAUGGCAGCGAAUGGCGGAGAAAUUGAUUAUCUCGAAAUAGCGGAGAACUCGUUCUGGAGUGAUGUGAUGUUCGCGCCGACGGGGCAUGCGUUCAAAAUUCGAUGGGUUUGGUUCGCCAAGCAAACAAGGAAGACCUACUCUUCUGCGUACUUGUACCUGAGCAACGCUUCAAACGAUAACGAAGAGCUUUUCUGGCCGUUCAUGGACCAGUUCUUCAAAAUUUUUGCCCGCGAUCAAAAUCCAAACGUUCUCGAGCGGAUGGACAACCAGUGGAGCUACGUGACCAGAAUUGAAGAUGGAAACAACUGGGAAAUGCCGACAGGAGAAACCAGCCCGAAAGGAUAUGGGCGAGAAGGCUUCAUUUCUCACUUUGAUUUAUUUACGAAUCAGCAUGGCUACUAUACAAAGCAUGACACUCUCAUUGUUCAAGCAUCAAUUGAAGACAUGCGGGAAACUGAUAGAUCGACCCCUCUCGACGACUGUGAGCCUUGCUAUGGAAACGGUCGAGCAUGCAAAAUGAGCGGGGGGAAAUCAUACUGCGGCUGUAGGGACCCUCUCGUUGAAAAGGAGAAUGGAGAGUGUGACUGCGCCCCGGGAUAUCUUUACGUGCCAACGAAUCCCCUUCGAGAAAUCUGCGUCGAUGUUUGCGAUCUUGACUUUUGCGCGGCUGGAGAAACUUGCAGCCAUGUCGACGGAGGAGUGAUUUGUGGGGAGCAAGGCUCUACUACUACUGCAUCAACUACUACUUCUACUAGCUCUGCUGUUACUGAAAUUCUCAGCGCUGCGUAUCUUCUUCUCUCUCUGAUAAUCUAG